AUGCACGGAGCCUGGCGACAAAGAUGGCUUGAUGACCCAACUGCUCCUGGCUGUAAAGUAACGGUACCCCUGGUCAAACUCAACCACUUGAUUAACGACACCAACCCGAGCCCACGAGAUAGGUGGCAUGUAAUGUUCGACCGACAUGGCCCACCACCUCCCAUCUUUGAAGGCGAACUCGAGUCUCUUGGCCUUCCAACGGGCGAUGAGGCUUACCGACACAUAGAGAUCCAACAAACUCUCGCUAGACCAGAGGGGUUUAACGAUUACUUCCAUCAUACUGGAGAGGGAGUUAUCGUUGCCUUGGAUGUUAAAAGAUAUGAUGGACCACAUUGGUCUGAAAUAGCUUUUGCGCAAUAUACAUCGGAGUUCCCAAUUGAAACUCUGAGGGACUUUUUCCACCACCAGCUUUAUCCGCGGAGAAACCGGCUGCCGUUUAACGAUGAGGGCAACACUGCUGCGCAAAUCCCAGUAGCUUGGAUUUUUGGCACCCAUGAAUACCAGGGCAUUUUAGGAACCGUUGUUGGAAAAGCAGUAUGUGCUCUUCUACUUUCGGCAUUCCCUAGAGGUACGCGUCGUAUCGCCCGAAUCCUUUCAUGGAAGCAAAAUAAGCGCUUACAACUCCGAUUUGAGAUUGAGGAAACUGCCUGCAUGCAGUCAGGGUCGAACGCAUAG